AUUUCCCCCCAAUAACUCUUCUUUAACCCGGAACCCUUUUUUCUUUUCUCACCGAAAUAGACUGAUAAGAUAAAGAGUCACACUUUCAGCUCAAAACCCACAAAAAUGGAGCAAGAAAUAGAGAGGAAUAUGGAAGGAAAAGGUGGCAAAGAUGAAGUUUUGAUCAGUAGUGUAAAAGAAGAGCCUUUGAUAAUACUUGACGAAGAAGAAGAGAAUAUUGUGUCUGGGGGCGAUGAUGCAUGCAUCGUGGUGCCAAAACCAAUGGAAGGGCUGAGAGAAAUGGGGCCAUCGCCAUUUUUGAAGAAAACAUUUGAGAUGGUGGAUGAUCCUGCAACAGAUGCUAUUAUAUCAUGGGGUUCUAUGAGGAACAGCUUCGUUGUGUGGGAUCCCCAUAAAUUCUCCACUGAUUUUCUCCCUAAAAACUUCAAGCACAACAAUUUCUCCAGCUUUGUUCGCCAGCUCAACACCUAUAGAUUCAGGAAGAUCCACUCAGAUAGAUGGGAGUUUGCAAAUGAAGGUUUUCAGAAAGGGAAGAAGCAUUUGUUGAUGCAUAUUAAAAGGAGAGAGAAAACUUCUCAAAUCAUGCCGCGACACGGGUCCGCACAAUCUUGGUUGACCGUCACCAAGAAUGGGGCAGAGGCUGAGCUUGAAAAACUGAGGACCGAUCAGAAUGUACUGAAUGCAGAAAUAUUGAAACUAAGGCGACAACAAGAGAAAAUGGAGCAUUGUUUAGUGACUGUUAAGGAUCGUUUGCAGGACACUGAAAUGAAACAAAAACACACUGUUGUUUUCAUGAUUAAAGCGCUAAAAAAUCCUGGGUUUUUGCAGUACUUCAUUGAGAAAAUGAGAAAGAAAAGGGCAUUAACCAGUGGUGAAAUUUUGAAGAAACGAAGAUUGGCUACGCCUGACUUGGGCAAUGGUUGUAUACUGGAAGCUAUGAGAACCAUUGAUUCUGACGAGGUUGCUGAGAGGAAUGCUGUUGAUAAGCCGCUUCAAGUUCAAGAAGAGCUUACUACGAUUCAAUCGGAAAUACAAACAUUGUACUCUUUCGAUGAAUCAAAUAGUUCUGAUUUGUCUUCUGAGAGUUUUGUCGCGUGGGAGAAACUCAUGGAAGAUGAUUUGAUUUAUGACACCGAGGAAGCUGAAGAAGAAGUCGAAAGGCAACAAUUGAAUAUGGUAAUGGAACUGGAAGGUCUACUAGCAAAGCCGCUGGAAUGGGGUAUGCAUAAGAAAGGCCUGGUCGUACCAGUAUCUACUGCAUAAUUCCUGAGGUAUAAUAAGAUCCUACAAUUGUUAUUAUGUUAUUUUCUACGCAUAUUUAUGUAAUAGAUUUCGUGCAGGAGGGCAAAUGGAAAGUGCUGCUGGACUGUUGUUUUGAGUAUGUAGUUGUAUAUUCUACCUAUUUUGGUGUCUUGUAAUUUGCUCAAUGUUAUUUCUUCCUAUUUUCUUGUUUUAAAUAGUUUCAAUCUUACAAUGUUAAAGUUUACUGUUGUGAAGCAAGAAUAGUAGAGCUCUUCUUAACUUC